AUGUUCAUCCCGAAAAGUCGCACCAAGCUUAUCUACGAGUACCUCUUCAACGAGGGAGUGACUGUCGCCAAGAAAGACUUCAAUGCCAAGACUCACCCAAAUAUCGAUGGAGUUUCCAACCUUGAGGUCAUCAAGACCUUGAAGUCCCUCGCUUCCCGCGAGUUGGUCAAGGAGCAAUUCGCUUGGCGCCACUACUACUGGUACUUGACCGACGCCGGAAUCUUGUACCUCCGCGAGUACCUUGCUCUCCCAGCUGAGAUCGUCCCAGCAACCAUCAAGACCAAGCCAAGAGAGAUCCGUGUCCCAGCAGAAGACAGAGUUCCACGCUCCGCUCAAGGAGAGAAGGGAGACCGUGAAGCCUACAGAACCGAGAAGGUCACCGAGGCUGGACCAGGAGGAGCACCAGUUUUCAGAGCCGGAUUCGGACGUGGAGCCCCACCACCACAAUAA